AUGGCUUCGCGUCUUGCUAAGAGCGCCAUUGGCGCCGCCCGCCUGCGGCCGACUAUCGCCGCCCGUGUCCCUGCCGUCACUGCCCUGACCUCGACUCGCGCGGCCUCCAACGUCCCUGCUGAGGAGCCUUCCAAGAAGGCCCAGUCCAUCCUGAAUGCCGUCCCCGGUAACUCUCUGGUCACCAAGACCGCCACUCUCUCCGCUGCCGCCGGUAUCUCCAUCGCCGCCAUCAGCAACGAGCUCUACGUGAUGAACGAGGAGACUGUCGCCGCUUUCUGUCUGCUCUCCGUCUUCACCGCUGUGGCCAAGUACGGUGGUCCCGCUUACCGCCAGUGGGCUGAGGGUCAGGUCCAGAGGCACAAGGAUAUCCUGAACGCCGCCCGUGCCGACCACACCAGCGCUGUCCAGUCGCGCAUCGACAACGUCAAGGAGAUGUCCGGUGUUGUUGAGGUCACCAAGCAGCUGUUCGCUGUCUCCAAGGAGACCGCCCAGCUCGAGUCCCAGGCCUACGAGCUUGACCAGCGCACUGCUCUGGCCAGCGAGGCCAAGCAGGUUCUGGACUCUUGGGUCCGCUACGAGAGCCAGGUUAAGCAGCGCCAGCAGAAGGAGCUCGCCGAUUCCAUCAUCGGCAAGAUCCAGAAGGAGCUUGAGAACCCCAAGGUUCUCCAGCAGAUCCUGCAGCAGUCCGUUGCCGAUGUUGAGCGCAUCAUGUCUGCCAAGGCCCAGUAA